GCGCUCCUCCUUGACGCUCGUCCUUCUGCGCGCCCAGCGUUUCGGCUCGUCUGUUCCGUCCCGCUGGUCAGCUUAUGACACAGACCGAGGCCUGCAGUGGCUCGCGCGCUGACGCUGUCUCUCUCGCUGGGAAAAUGGCUGCCGUACGCCGCGCUCGCAACGACCCCCGCUGCGUGGUCCGUUUCUCCGACCGAGAACUCUGCUAAAUUGUUUUCCCUGCUUGCUGCCGCUUGAGAAGGGGCGAAGAAACGAAAGGCCAGACCCACCAGCCGUCGAAGGAGAGGCGGGAGGAAACCAUCGGAGGGGGGGAGUGCUUUUGCUUGGAACGGCAACAGCGCCGAGAGCGCCCGUUAGACGGAACGGCCUGUGAUCAACGGCCUCGGCAUGGCAGAAGGUGAAGAAGAUUGUCACUCUAACAUAAGAACAGAUGACAAUGAAAGGUCUGGAGAAGCAAAUCUUCAGGCAGAGCUCCAGAUGUUCAGAGCGAAGUGGAUGUUUGAACUUACCCCAGGGGUGAGUUCUGCUGGUUUAGAAACUCGAUCCUGGAGAGCAUCGGCAAGAGGGCCUUCAGUAAAGGCUGCAGAUGGCAAAGAAAAGCAAGAACUAGCAAAAGAGGAGAAGGCAAGAGAACUGUUCCUGAAGGCAGUAGAACAAGAACAAAAUGGGGCUCUUUAUGAAGCUAUUAAAUUCUACCGCCUGGCCAUGCAACUGGUUCCAGAUAUUGAGUUUAAGAUUGCCUAUACCCGAUCUCCGGAUGGUGAUGGUGUUGGGAAAAACUACAUUGAGGAUAAUGAGGACAAUGUCAAGAUGGCCGACCUCCUGUCCUACUUUCAGCAGCAACUUACUCUUCAGGAAUCCUCCAUCAAAUUGUGUCAGCCUGAGCUUGAUGUGAAUCAGACCCAUAUCUCAGUGCUGCCUAUGGAGCUGUUGAUGUAUAUUUUUCGAUGGGUGGUUUCCAGUGAUCUGGACCUGCGGUCUUUAGAGCAGUUAUCUUCGGUCUGCAGAGGUUUUUACAUUUGCGCCAGGGACCCUGAAAUUUGGCGUCAGGCCUGUUUGAAGGUCUGGGGCAGAAGUUGUAACAAAAUGGUUCCUUAUACCUCAUGGAGGGAAAUGUUUUUGGAAAGACCCAGAGUUCGAUUUGAUGGUGUGUAUAUCAGCAAGACAACAUACAUACGUCAAGGAGAACAGUCUCUAGAUGGUUUCUAUAGAGCGUGGCAUCAAGUGGAAUAUUACAGGUACCUGAGAUUCUUCCCAGAUGGCCUAGUAAUGAUGUUAACAACUCCAGAAGAACCUCAGUCUAUUGUUCCUCGUUUACGAACUAAAAACACAAGAACUGAUGCAAUCCUGUUUGGGCAUUAUCGCCUUUCCCAGGAUACAGACAAUCAAACCAAAGUAUUUGCUGUAAUGACAAAGAAGAAGGAAGAGAAACCAAUUGACUACCACAAGUACAGAUAUUUCUGCCGUGUCCCUGUUCAAGAAACUGAUCACAGUUUUCAUGUAGGGCUUCAGCUGUGUUCUAGCGGACGCCAGAGAUUCAACAAGCUUGUUUGGAUUCAUCACUCUUGUCACAUUACAUACAGGUCUACUGGUGAGACUGCAAUCUCUUCUUUUGACAUUGACAAGAUGUACACCCCUUUGUUCUUUGCACGGGUGAAGAGCUUUACUGCAUUUUCAGAAAAGCCUCUCUAAGAGUUCACAUCUCUUCUCUUACUCUUAUAUGAAGAAAUUACAGCAAACAACACUUAAGUUAUAAAUGUGUAUAUAUAUUUGAAUUUUAUUUUAAAAUGGGAGAAUCUUUUUGGAAAAAUAUAUACUGGAAAUACAUUUGAUUUAGGGUGGCUGGGUUAUUUUAUUGAUCUGAAGUCAAGUUUACAUGGUAUUUUAAACUUGUUUAUGUUGUGAAAAGACUUUGAUAACUUAAAGAGGCAUUUUUACUCUGUCGGUUUAUGAGAAGAUUUAUAAGCUGUUCUCUCCAGCGUAAGGCUUCAUCUGCCUAUGCACCUUAAGUUCAGGAAACAAUAUAAAUCAACUGCUGUAUAUAAGACUUAGAUUGCGUGCUUUGAGGGGAAAGGCUCAAAAUGUGAAGAAUUUGUCCUGCAUCUGUGUGUGGCCAACAGGAAUGGAAAAUAAAUGAUCACUUUGAAAUUCUUGUAUUUGGGUUGCCUUUCAAGAAGUGAAAGACUGGUGUAAAUGGCAGCCUUGUGAAAAAUUAAACUAGGGCAAACAAACCUGAAAAUAUUGGAAAUUCAGCCUCAGAUACCACCAUUCAUCUGUGAAUAGUUUCAAACAAUUAUCCAAUGGUAGGAUUUACAUUUAAAGGUGGAAGAUCAGAGUGCUGAGAGAAGGCCUGCGACAUCGAGCGAGUGGCAACCUUUCUCUGCUUCUUGAAUCUGGACAAAGACUUCUGGAACGAGUCAGCAGCUGUCCAGGAAUGGUAUCACAAAGAAUAUUUCAUGCUGCAGCACUGCAAACCACUGAACUUGAAUGUGCGUUGUUUGAAUUGAGUUAUGCAAAUGAGAAUAGGGCUGUAUUCAAAGUAUGUUUGUCUUUUGUUUAUUUAACCCUUCACUUAACUGCUGAGAAUGCUGCAAGCCCCUUGGGUGUUUUAUCACACUAAACUAAUUUUUUGCUUUCUGGGACUCCUACUGAUGUUCAGGUACGGUCUGCUGCUUCUCCUGUGUAUGUACUUUGGGAGUUGGAUGCAAGUGCUGUAUGACGCUUAUCAUAAAUAUGUACUUUCAGUCAUAAAACUAAAAAUUUCUAAAUGUUUUUCAUUUGCCAAGUCGUGUAAGUUUUCUUUGUUUAUAAUGAAACACAAAAUGGGUCAUUAUUUUA